UUACUACUUCUGGUCUGGUGGGUGUCAACGAAGUAAUCGCAGUAUAUAUCCAAAGAAAAAAAGAAAAAAAAAAGGAGCCAAUUUGAUUUUGAAGGAAGAAAGAAAAAUGGAGGAACCGAAUUGACGAAAAAGGAAAAUGGCAGAGCCAAGGUGCUUGGACUGCCUCCGACGACGAAUUCACUCUGAUUUCCCCGAUCGCCUCGUUUUCUGCUAUCCCCUCUCCCACUCCGCUUUCCCACUCGCCUCCACCGCCAUUGUUCAGAUUGGGGAAGAUUCACCUUCUCAGUUUCUGCUCUCCUACCUCCCAACUUGUCUCCAUCGUUGCUUCGCCAAUUACGUAGCUGAAUAUAUCCAGAACAUCAAAGGUCUGGAAGCCCCAGAAGAUCAUUGUCAUGGGGCUGGGAUUGACAACAACAAACUCGGCGUGGAUCAAGCAGAUGCCAGUUCUGCAGAUUCUCCGAUUUCAUCUGAUGGUGUUGCAAAAACAUUGCUGCAAAGUGGUUCCUCAUGUGCUCAUCUGGGUAAGUUCUCUUGCGCAAGAAUAAUCACAGCAUUGGCGCCUCUUGCUCAUGUUGCUGCUUGUUCUGGCUCUGUUUUGGAUGAGCUUAUUUCCAAUUUUUUGUCCGGCUCUCUUGAAGACCAUGUUUUGUGUUCUCUUAGUCUCUUGAUUGAAGGGAAAGCUUCAGGGCGAGAUAGCAUCAAUUUUCUCAAUCUACUCGGCAUACCCUCUUUUGAGGAGACUGAUUUUCCAGGUUCCUUGAGGCAUCCUAACAUAGUUCCGGUUCUUGCCAUGCUCAAAUCCCCUGGUCAUGUUAAUGUGCUUGUUCCCAAAGCUCCAUAUACCUUGGAAAAUAUCCUCCAUUACAGCCCCAACGCAUUAAGAUCCGAAUGUCAGAUAAACUUUCUAAUUUACCAGUUACUUUCUGCCCUAGCGCACAUCCAUGGUUUAGGGGUUGCCCAUGGAAAUAUUUGCCCAUCUACUGUAAUGCUGACUGAUACAUGUUGGGCAUGGCUGCAUAUUUUUGAUGAGCCUGGUUGGUUAGGAUCUAGUUCAAAUUCGACCGGUGACAAAAGUACCAUUGCUAUACCAACAAAGGUAGGGUGUUUUGUAGAGGGUUGCCCUUCUCAGGGACUUUAUGCUGACUUGAAGCUUUCCCCAUCUAUUGAUUGGCAUCGUGACUUUGACCGGUGGUGGAGGGGAGAGAUGAGUAAUUUUGAGUACCUACUCAUCUUAAAUAAAUUAGCUGGAAGAAGGUGGGGUGACCACACAUUUCAUACAGUGAUGCCUUGGGUAAUAGAUUUUAGUUCAAAACCUGAUGAGAAUUCUGAUAUUGGGUGGCGGGAUUUGACAAAGAGUAAGUGGCGUUUGGCUAAGGGUGAUGAACAAUUGGACUUCACCUAUUCAACCUCCGAGAUCCCACAUCACGUGUCUGACGAGUGCCUUUCUGAAUUGGCUGUGUGUAGUUACAAAGCAAGGAGGUUGCGUUUGGCUGUUUUGCGUAUGGCUGUUCGCUCUGUUUAUGAACCUAAUGAAUACCCUUCUACCAUGCAAAGACUCUAUCAAUGGACCCCUGAUGAGUGCAUUCCAGAGUUCUAUUGUGAUCCUGAAAUAUUCCAUUCCCUACAUGCUGGUAUGACAGAUUUGGCUGUACCUUCUUGGGCAGUUACUGCAGAGGAGUUCAUUAAAUUGCAUCGUGAUGCUUUAGAAAGUGAUCGGGUCUCUCGCCAAAUCCAUCACUGGAUUGAUAUCACCUUUGGGUAUAAAAUGUCUGGCCAAGCAGCUGUUGUUGCAAAGAAUGUAAUGCUUCCUUCAUCAGAGCCCACAAUGCCAAGAUCAGUGGGACGCUGUCAGCUCUUUACUCGACCUCACCCUAUGCGUCAUGGUGUGAUGAGGAAAGCAAGUGAUUUCUUUGGCACCAAUGAGUCCGCCAUACAUCAGCGUACAGUGACUGAAGUAGGGGUUAAGACUUCCCUCCUAUCUGGACCUGCUUCUUUGCAAGAAUUAGAAGAAGCAUCUGCAUUUUCGGAACAUGCUAGGCAUCUAAGUGCUUACUAUGGUAACCAUUUAGAAUAUAAAAGCAAGGAUGCUUCUUCUGUUGAACAGCCUCCAGUUGACAAUGUUGAAAGGCAUCAUCAACAAUCUGAUCCUGCCAAACACUGUGGGCUUCCAUUUUCAAUUGAUACAAAUUAUCUUCUUGAGUAUAUUGACGUCGGAGAUGAAGGUUCUAUGGGUUAUCAAGAGUUACUGCUUUGGAGGCAGAAAUCAUCUUGUUCAAUGAGUCUUUCUACAGAUAUCACAAAGGACAUUUUCUCUGUUGGUUGUAUCUUAGCAGAACUUCAUUUGGGAAAGCCACUAUUUGAUUCAACCUCAUUUUCCUUGUACUCGGAACGUGGCGUCUUGCCUAGAUUAAUGUUGGAGCUUCCUCCUCACACUAGAGUACUUGUUGAAGCAUGCAUUGAGAAAGACUGGAGGAGGCGGCCGUCGGCCAAAUGCCUUUUGGAAUCCCCAUAUUUUUCUUCAACAGUCAAGGCAUGCUACUUGUUUCUUGCCCCCCUACAACUUCUAGCAAAACAUGGAUCCCGUCUACAGUAUGCUGCAACUUUUGCUACACAAGGUGCGCUCAAGGCAAUGGGAACAUUUGCGGCUAAAAUGUGUGCUCCUUAUUGCCUAUCUCUUGUACUAGCUCCUCUAUCAGACAUUGAAGCAGAAUGGGCUUAUACACUUUUGAAAGAAUUAAUUAAAUGCUUGAAACCUAAGUCAGUGAAGGCAAUUAUUUUGCCCGCAAUUCAGAAGAUUUUACAGACUACAGGUUAUUCUCAUCUAAAGGUGUCUCUUCAACAAAACUCCUUAAUGCGGGAGAUAUGGAACCAGGUCGGUAGACAAACAUAUCUAGACAUGAUACAUCCUUUGGUCAUAUCAAACUUGCAUGCAGCUGCUCAUAAGAGUUCGGCAGCUGCUGCUGCUGUUCUGCUCAUUGGCUCCAGCGAAGAGCUUGGUGUACCUGUUACCAUUCAUCAGACAAUCUUGCCUCUGAUUCAUUGCUUUGGGAAAGGGCUCUGUAGUGAUGGAGUUGAUGUGCUGGUUAGAAUUGGUAGUCUUUUAGGGGAAACCUUCAUUGUCAGACAAAUGAUACCCCUGUUAAAACAUGUUGUUCAUUCCUGCAUUGGUGUUUCAAAUACAAAAAAGCCCGAGCCUGUGCAAAGCUGGAGUGCUUUAGCUCUUAUUGAUAGUUUGGUUACAAUUUCUGGUCUGGUUGCAUUAUUGCCAAAGGAGGUGAUCUUAAGAGUGCUGAUUCAAGAUCAAAGUUGCCUGCAUGUUUUGAUUCUUAUGCAGACUAGUUUGGAAAUUGGAGUACUUCAGGUUGCUGCUACUACCCUGAUGUCAAUUUGUCAGCAAAUUGGACCAGAAUUGACAGCUUUGCAUAUCCUGCCGCAGCUCAAAGAGCUAUUUGACGAGCUUGCUUUCUCACAGGAAACUUCGUCUUCUUCCUCAGGCAGAAGCUUAAAGGUUUCCAAACAAAAAAAUGAGGGGGAGGCUCAGAUUGAAAGCCGAAUGGACCUAGUGUUGCUUUUGUAUCCGUCUUUUGCAUCCCUUCUUGGGAUAGAGAAGCUUCGUCGAUGUUGCGCAACAUGGUUGCUACUUGAGCAGUAUCUUUUACGGUAUCAUAAUUGGAAGUGGGAAUAUACAGGAGAAUCAUCAAGAAGUGGUUCAGAAACUAUUAUCUCUAAAAGGCUUAUGUCGAGCAAGGGUUCAACUCUGGAAUACUAUCCUGCAAAGAUAUUGCUUAAUGGGGUUGGAUGGUCGAUUCCCCAGUCACAAGCAAGCAGGGGUUCCAAAAGCUCAAUGCCGCAGAGAAGGGUUUCUGAAGUUGCUCAACAAAGUCCAGUUGAAAUGCAUGCAGCAACAUCGAACUUUGUGAAGUUCGAGCCCUGGUUUUGGUUCCCUGGCACGGCUGCUGACUGGGAUGGACUAGAUUUUCUUGGACGUGUUGGGGGUCUAAAAGAUGAACAUCCAUGGAAGAUCAGAGCGUCUGUUAUAUACUCUGUCCGAGCACAUCAAGGGGCCAUAAGAUCUUUAGCGGUCUGCCAAGAUGAGUGUACAGUCUUCUCUGCUGGAAUUGGCCCAGGGUUCAAAGGAACCGUUCAGAGAUGGGAACUGACUAGAGUUAAUUCAAUAUCCAGCUAUUAUGGUCAUGAGGAGGUUGUGAAUGACGUUUGUGUCCUGUCAUCUACCGGAAGAGUGGCAUCUUGUGACGGGACCAUACAUGUUUGGAAUAGCCGUACGGGGAAACUAAUACAUUUGUUUGCUGAAUCAUCAUCAGAUUCUACACAUCUUCCUAGCCUUUUAUCCUCUGCCUCAAAAAGGAAUUCUGAGCAGAUUAAUAUGCUGAACUCCAGCACACUUUCUGGGGGAUUAUUGACUAAUGCAUUCGAUGGGAGUUUGUAUACUUGCAUGCAUCAGAUGGAAUUUGUUGAUACACUCAUCGUUGGCACAGGAAAUGGUUCUCUUAGGUUCAUAGAUGUAGCUCGCGGUCAAAGGCUUCAUCUUUGGAGGGGAGAAUCCGUGGGGUCUGGUUUUCCUUCUCUUGUCUCUGCCAUAUGCUCCUGUGGGUCGGACAAAUUGCAAACAGAUGGAGCUUCCGCUUCGCCAUCUUGGAUUGCCACUGGACUAAGUUCAGGUCACUGUAGGUUAUUUGAUGCAAGGUGUGGGAAUGUUAUUGCAUCUUGGAGGGCUCAUGAUGGAUGCGUGACAAAAUUAGCUGCACCAGAGGACCAUUUGCUGGUCUCCAGCUCUCUUGAUAGGACUUUACGUAUAUGGGACUUGAGAAGGAAUUACACAUCUCAGCCUACAAUAUUUAGAGGUCAUAACGAUGGAAUAGCUGGCUUUUCAGUGUGGGGACAAGACGUCGUUUCAAUAUCGAGAAAUAAGAUCGGCCUUUCUUCUUUGUCAAAAUCUUCUGAUGAAGAUGGAAGCCAGCGGAUUAUACCUCAAAACCUGUACGCCGAUCAAGGGACAAGAAAUCUAUCCGUGUUAUCCAGCAUCAGUAUAUUACCCUUUUCGCGAUUGUUUGUUGUUGGAACAGAAGAUGGAUACUUAAGAAUAUGUUGUUAAUAAUAUAGAUUAAAUACAGAUUUGUCCAAAUAUUUCCACCACAUCUCACAUGAAAUGAGAGUUUUCCCUUGACCCUGUCACAUUUGUUCAAUUGAUCAUUGGAAAUGUGUAUAAUUGAGUGCAUUGGGGGUUUGAUCUUCAAGACAUGUUAUGAUAAUUGUUCAAUGUUGAGUUUCAAGCUUCCAUUAUUCACUUUGUAGGAUGCUUUUUGUUUGUAUCAAAUAUUAGUUAUAGUAACAUUUGUCUUAAGUAUGACAUUAUAUU